AUGUUUGAGAGAUUAAACAAACUUUAUUAUUAUUGUUUGUGUUUCAGAGAAGAGAUGAUCAAGCUUACAGCUCAGUAUCAGUAUGAAGACAAUCAGGUUGGAGAUGAAGAUGCCUUCGCAAGAGAGCCCUUCAUCCUGCGCUUCUGCUGUCCCUCCACAGUUGUAAAAGACCUGGUCCUGAUUCCGGUCCACACCAAGCCAGAAGACUCAGUAAAGGAACUUGAUGAGCUUUACGAUGUGGUCAAUGCUGUCAGACAGUGGAAAACAAAUAAUAUCAUGAUAUUGGGGGACUUCAACGCAGAUGGUCGAUAUCUUUCCAAGAAGAAAAAGGAAUCAAUCCGCAUCUCUUCUGAUCCCUUCUACUGGUUGAUAGAUGACGAUGUUGACACCACGACUAGUAAUUAUAAUGACAACACCUACGACAGGAUUGUGGUGUAUGGGGAAGAAAUGCUGGGUGCCAUUGUUCCUGACUCUGCAAAGUCUUUCAACUUUCAAGUGGAGUUUGGGCUAACAGACGAAAACGCUGGAAACAUCAGUGAUCAUUAUCCUGUGGAGGUGGAGCUGGAGACUGUCCAAAAAGCAGUAAAACCAAAGAAGAAGGCUUUACCGCGAACAAGAAAAAGAUCCCCUAAAGAAAAAGCCCAAAGAAAGUCUUUGUUUAUUUCAACCAACAGGAUCAGAAAAUAUGACCAAGCCAUCAAAAUCCAAGACUUCUGGAGCAAAAAAGAGAAAAGGACAAUCACUUGCAUCCAAGACGCCAACAAAAAGGCGACGUUGAGCCACUUUAAUCAAUCAUUACCAAACUCAUGGUUUAUUAGAUCUUCCUGUAGCCUGUAUUUUUGUGGAAAACUCAAUGUCGAAUAAA